AUGGGUGAUAUUGCAGUGAAUGCUGAUGAGUGUUUGUUGACAAGGAUGCAAGAGAUGUCAUUGGACUAUCAUUUCACUGUGGAGCAAGAAGUGGGUUCAUCCACUCAUGCCUUCUUUGGCUUCAAUGGAACCGGUGGGAUAUGGCGAAUUGGUGCAAUUAAUGAGGCAGGAGGGUGGAAGGACAGAACAACAGUUGAGGACAUGGAUCUUGCGGUCCGAGCUGGUCUUAAGGGCUGGAAAUUUCUUUACCUCGCUGACCUCCAGGUGAAAAGUGAACUUCCAAGCACUUUCAAAGCAUUUCGAUUUCAGCAGCAUCGAUGGUCUUGUGGUCCUGCUAAUUUGUUCCGGAAAAUGGUGAUGGAGAUCAUUAGAAACAAGAGAGUAGUCCUAUGGAAGAAAGUAUAUAUGAUCUACAGCUUCUUCUUCGUUCGGAAGAUAAUAGCUCACAUGGUCACCUUCUGGUUCUACUGCGUGGUGCUUCCACUGACCAUUAUGGUUCCAGAAGUCGAAGUUCCAAAAUGGGGAGCCAUUUACAUUCCUUGCAUAAUCACCGCUCUAAAUGCAGUUGGGACUCCAAGGUCAAUCCAUCUAUUGUUUUACUGGAUUCUUUUUGAGAAUGUGAUGUCCCUGCACCGAACUAAGGCGACCUUCAUUGGUCUGCUAGAAGCAAAGAGAGCUAAUGAAUGGGUUGUGACUGAAAAACUAGGAGAUACUCUCAAGAAUAAAUCAAGCACCAAAACAAUAAAGAGACCCCUGUUCAAGGUUGGAGACAGGAUUCACCUACUGGAACUGGGAUUUGCAGCGUUCCUCUUCUUCAGUGGAUGCUAUGAUUUUCUAUAUGGAAAGAACAACUACUUUAUAUACCUGUUCCUACAAACCGUAACCUUUACCAUCACUGGAUUUGGCUACGUCGGAACUAUCAUCCCAAGCUCUUAGCGCUGCUGCAAUUCUCUCUAGCAACCUUAUUCCUGUAUCUUUCUCUUCUACACAAAAGAUUGGAUUUCCAACCAUUUCAGAUUACACGGACGAAAGCAGAUCAUCAUCUUGUUGAGCAGAAAAAUUCAUGCCUUAAGAGUUUCUUGGAAAGUCUCGUGACCGAGAAGGAGAUAUCAGAAGACACUAGAAAAAGAAAUGGUGUUAUUGUGAGAACAUUAUAGAGUCAAGAAGCACGUUGAAGAAUGGGAAACUCCACAUGGGAGAAGGUCCCAACUUGUAUUUUCUGAUCUGAUUGUUUUGUUUUUAAGUUGUUGGACAUUUAUUUCUAUCUUGUUGAGUCACCCGUUUCUCAGUUUUCCUUGGGUUGGGGGAGAAUAAGCAAAUGUCAGAAGGGCUAAACUUGUAAGCAGAUUUUUGUUUUUUUUUCUUUUUGUAGUCUUCAUCUGUUUCUUUGCUCGUAUAUUGUAUUAGAACUGCAUAGAGUAAAUCUAAAGGAAUAUGUUU